AUGGAAACCGCGGAUGCCGUAAGACAGGUAGAAGAAAUUCUGAAUCUUCAAGAUCGAUGGUUCGCCAAAGACGGUGGAGUAACAAUUCAGACACCUGCCCUGUUUUCCCGGUUGCAAAAGGUGGCUGGGAAUGCAAGCAACAUGUCUUCAAACAAACGAUUGGAGGUGAAGAAGCAAUUGGCCUUGGACAUCGACUGCUCCAUCUUACACCCAGACGACUUAUCAGAUAUGAUUUUGGAGGUUGAGUUUCCAUCGAACUAUCCUUCCACUUCGCCUUGUCAUGUCCGUGCCGUAAAGGCUUCCAAUCGAGAAUCUGAAUAUGUUCCGUGCUCGGCAGCGAUUGAGGCUUAUCUGCAACCCUUUGCAGGUUGCGAGUGCAUAGAUAUGCUAUUGGACUGGUUAUCUGAUAACAAAUCUACUUGUUUAUCAAAGGGACCUGGCGGUGGUGACAUUUCAGGUGGCCGUAAUGAUCAUGAGGGACAAGCACUGUGCUAUUUGCUAAGAUACAACCAUCUACUGUCGGGACCCGAACAUAAGAAAGAAAAGGCUAUGAUUGCUGCUGCCAAAAAAUUCCAAUUACAAGGUGGUCUGUUAUGGGGUACUCCUGGUCUCGUGGUUGUAGUGCCGCCAUCGACUGAAGAAGAUGCCAAGGAGUAUGCCAGCGAGUGUAGGACAAUUGGCAAACGUGCCGAUGGACCCAAUGAGGUAUGGCUGCCCCAAUCAGGACUCGACGAGGCGGGAAUGGGCGGACUUGCACAACAAAAAAGGGGAGGAAAGCUACAAGAGCUAGAUACAGCAGGACUGCGGAUUGGAUGUGGAGGAAACGAGAGCCUGCUGAAACAACUUCUCGGAGUAAGCUAG